AUGUAUUCUAACUAUCUGACGCUCAUCCCUCUCAUCGAACAUAUAGGAGGACAACUUAGGCUAUACCCCGCUCAUGUUCUGGCGAUCCAAACUGACGAUGUGGAUUCAGGCGGCCCUGUCUCCUACGCGACCAUCAUGGCUGGGGUGGCAGCUCAUGGACGACAGUCCGUACCCUCCCUCCUGCACAGCCUGCUGACCGCUGUAUCAAAUGCGGAUUACAGAAGAAUACAUGAUCUAUCCAGACUACAAGGCGAGGAGAUUGCUUGGGCGUGCAUUUACGUUCCAAAUUACAAGGACAUGGUUGCCGACUAG